AUGAUAAUCAAGACGCUCAGCACCUUCAAAAACUACAUCAUGGAUUUUACCUUGGGCGAGGAGUUUGAGGAGAACUUGGCCAUCAUUGAUGGGCGAAUCUGCAGGACGACCGUGUUUUGGGAAGGUAACAAGCUGGUGUGCGUACAGAAAGGCGAAGUGCCGAAUCGUGGCUGGAAACAGUGGCUGGAAGGCGACUUGCUGCAUGUGGAACUCACAGCUAGAAAUGUGGUCAGCACACAGACCUUCCGGAGGGUCUCGUGA